AUGGCUGACGCUCAAUCAACAAGCUCAUCGACAUCUGCCUUCGUGAGUUCGCUGAUCUUAUAUGGUAUAAUCAGCAUUAUAUUUACAGGAAUAUUUCUUAAUUUACGUCCUAAGGAACAGAGAGUUUACCAACCAAGGUCCCUGAAAGACAUAUACACUGUGCGAGAAGAGGAGCGGACUGAAGAGGUACCCUCAGGAUACUUUGCGUGGCUUCCUUACUUGUUUUCGAAACCACAUUCUUUCCUGAUACAACACACUGGUCUCGACGGAUACUUAUUUCUACGGUUUUUGUCCCUUUUUGGUGGCCUUUCGCUUGUGGGGUGCUUCUUGUUAUUCCCAAUUCUUCUUCCCGUCAAUGCAACCAAUGGCUACAACCUCGAAGGAUUUGAAUUAUUGGGGUUUUCCAAUGUAUCAAACAAGAAUCGCUUUUACGCACAUGUUUUCUUGUCCUGGAUUUUCUUCGGGCUAAUAAUAUAUGUGAUUUUCCGCGAACUCUACUAUUACGUCUCCCUUAGACACGCAAUUCAGACAAGUCCUCUUUACGACGGACUGUUAUCAUCGAGGACUGUAAUUCUAACUGAGCUUUCUAGUGAUCUUAGCAAUGAAGCAGAAAUUCAGAAGAGAUUUCAGAAUGCCGAUAACGUCGUUUUCGCUCAUGACACCACUAAGCUGCAGAAGUUGGUCGAAGAAAGAGCAAAAUCUGCUAAAAAGCUGGAGGGGACUAUAAACAAAGUUAUUAAAAAAUCGUUGAAACUCAGGAAGAAGGCAGAGAAAAAAGGCAACCUGGAAGAGUUGAUUGGAAAUAAACCAGAGGAUGACUUGCAGACUUAUAUUCCUCAAAAUAAAAGGCCUAAACAUCGCCUUGGGAAGAACUUCCUUCCUUUGAUCGGCAGUCCAAAAGUUGACACUUUGGAAUACUGCGACAAGCAGAUCGGAGAGCUCAACGAAAAGAUAAAGAAAAAACAGGAAAAGUGGGAUACGUCCGACAGAAUUGGAGCCUGUUUCAUUGAAUUUAAAUCUCAAUUAGAUGCACAAAGGGCCUAUCAAUCGGCCAAAUAUAUCCUCGACAAGGGUUCUUACGACAAAUGUUUAAUUGGUGCUGCUCCGGAGGAUUUGGUUUGGGCUAAUAUGGGUCUUUCUAAGAAAGUCAGAAAGUCAAAGAGAGCUAUAUCUAACACUGUUUUGACUCUCACGAUCAUAUUUUGGGCAAUUCCUGUUGCUGUUGUUGGUUGUAUUUCCAAUAUCAACUUUUUGACCGACAAAGUUCAUUUCCUGAGAUUUAUAAAUAAUAUGCCUGAUCCUCUGAUGGGUAUUAUUACCGGUAUACUUCCUACUGUUGCACUGGCCGUUUUGAUGUCUUUGGUCCCUCCAUUCAUCAAAAAAAUGGGCCAAAUCGGCGGUUGUAUGUCAAGACAGGAAAUGGAGUUGUAUUGCCAAUCUUGGUACUAUGCUUUUCAAGUUAUUCAAGUUUUCUUGGUGGUAACAGCAGCAUCCUCUGCAUCUUCGACAGUUGUGGCUAUAAUAAAUGACCCCAGCUCUGCCAUGUUGCUUCUAGCAAAAAAUCUGCCAAAGGCAUCAAACUUCUAUAUUGCGUACUUUUUGCUACAAGGACUCACAAUACCUGCUGGCUCAUUGGCACAAUUUGUGAAUCUUAUUCUCAGCAAGGUCUUGGGGAAAAUUUUGGACUCUACCCCAAGACAGAAAUGGACUCGUUAUAAUACUCUAUCAAAACCUUCUUGGGGCGUUAUAUACCCUGUGAUCCAGCUUUUGGUCUGCAUUUACUUCUGCUACUCCAUUAUCGCGCCAAUUAUUUUGGUGUUUUCAACGGGCUCAUUGAUUUUGCUGUACGUGGCUUAUCUUUACAACACAAACUAUGUUCUAGGAUUUUCCUUUGAUCUGCGAGGAAGGAAUUAUCCAAUGGCCCUUUUCCAAGCUUUCGUAGGGUUGUACCUCGCUGAAAUUUGCUUGAUUGGUUUGUUCGUAAUGGCAAAGACCUGGGGACCAGUUGUGUUGGAGGCAGUUUUCUUGGCCUUUACCGCUCUUUGCCACAUUUAUUUCAAAAGAAGAUUCCUUGCCCUAUUCGAUGCUGUCCCGUUGAGUGCAAUUCGGUACGCUAGAGGGGAAAGUGGUUUUGCUUAUCCUAACAAGGAUCAAGGUCUGAGCGAGAUCAAAGCAACCGGUGAACAGUUCAAAGACGAUUUAGAAAAGAAUGAAACGGGCGGAGUCAUCCAGCCAGCUACCUCAAAUGAUUUGAAGAGGGCCGGAAUUAUAUCUGAUGAUGAUGAAGUAGACGAAGAUGCGUCCGAUGAUAAGAAAAGGCGACCAUCCUCUAGUAUUAACAAAUCUUCACUCACAAACACGAACAAUAACGAGUCCAAUUUCGUACCAGAAAAUGAGGAGUUUCAUAAAUUCAGCUAUGAUGAUGUUAAAGACCUGGACACUCGUCCAAGAGGUUCUAAAUCCGUAGACGCCAAUGGAGCGGUGGUAAUUAAUGCUGACGCUGGGAAUGUAUUUUCUGACGCCAACGCCAUAACGAAAAAUCCUGCCGCUUUUCCUCCGAACGAGAAUAGCCCUAAUGGUAUUGUUGGCAGACUGAAAGGCUUCUUCAACCCUUCGGAAAGAUACAACUUCGUUGUUGUACGUAAUCGUCUUCCUCACGUGUUGAAUACCACGGUCAAGUAUGAGAAGGAUUAUGCGUCGACAGCCUACACAGAUCCAUGUGUAACCGAUCCCGAGCCAACAAUCUGGAUCGGGUGUGAUUCAAUUGGUCUUUCAAAGCAGCAAAUUCUAUUGGGAAAAACUGCAGGCGUCAAGAUCAGUGACGACUUCGCAGAAUUCGAUGACAAGGGUGCUUGCACCUUCACAUUUCACCCUCCCGAUAUAGAACCCGAAGCCAAAAAAUGA